UUAUGGUACCUUUACCGGAACAAGAAUAUUCGGUGCUAUCUUUGAGUUAUAUUUUCAGUACCUUUGCCAGAUUUUUUUUUAACACUUCUUCUAUUUAAGCUUUUUUUCCCGGCUGUGUAAUAGCACCUUUCAAACUUAAGCGAAGACUGCUAUUCCUCUUUAGUUACACUCCACCCCAGACGCUGGUUAACCCAUGAUGCAGUGCAGUAUUUUUGUGGCUCUUCAGUUUUAAUGUAGAUUUUUUUUUUCCCAGUCGAAGAUGGCGGUGCAAGAAUCAGCUGCUCAACUCUCCAUGGCGUUGAAGGUUCAGGAAUAUCCAACUUUAAAGGUGCCAUAUGAGACAUUAAACAAACGAUUCCGGGCUGCCCAGAAGAAUAUUGACCGUGAGACAAGUCAUGUGACCAUGGUCGUGGCAGAGUUGGAGAAGACACUAAGCAAUUGCCCUCAAGUGGACUCUGUUGUCACUUUACUUGAUGGAGUUGUGGAGAAACUGAGUGCACUGAAAAGAAAAGCAGCUGAAUCAAUCCAAGCCGAAGAUGAGAGUGCAAAACUGUGUAAGCGUAGAAUUGAACAUCUCAAGGAGCAUAGCAGUGACCAGCCAGCAGCUGUGAACUUGUGGAAGAAGCAGCGCAUGGAUCGAAUGAUGGUAGAACAUCUCCUGCGGUGUGGCUAUUACAACACUGCUGUGAAACUCGCCAGGCAGAGUGGAAUAGAGGAUCUUGUAAAUAUUGAAAUGUUCCUCACGGCCAAAGAAGUAGAAGAGUCUCUGGAGCGACAGGAAACUACGACCUGCUUAGCCUGGUGCCAUGACAAUAAGUCGAGGCUUAGAAAAAUGAAGAGCUGCUUGGAAUUCAGCCUUCGAAUUCAAGAGUUUAUUGAGCUCAUUCGACAGAACAAAAGGAUGGAUGCUGUCAGACAUGCAAGGAAGCAUUUCAGUCAAGCUGAGGGAAGUCAACUUGAUGAGGUCAGACAGGUGAUGGGAAUGCUGGCAUUUCCUUCAGACACUCACAUAUCACCUUAUAAGGAUCUUCUGGACCCAGCCCGCUGGAAGAUGUUAAUACAACAAUUUAGAUAUGACAACUAUAGAUUACAUCAACUUGGGAAUAAUUCUGUCUUCACAAUUACUCUUCAGGCUGGCUUAUCUGCCAUAAAGACACCACAGUGUUAUAAAGAAGAUGGAACUUCCAAAAAUCCCGACUGCCCAGUGUGUAGCAAAUCAUUAAACAAGUUAGCUCAACCAUUGCCAAUGGCUCAUUGUGCUAACUCUCGCCUAGUCUGUAAGAUCUCUGGAGAAGUUAUGAAUGAAAAUAAUCCUCCUAUGAUGCUUCCAAAUGGAUAUGUUUAUGGAUAUAAUUCUCUGCUCUCUAUUCGUCAAGAUGAUAAAGUUGUUUGUCCAAGAACCAAAGAGGUCUUCAACUUUUCCCAAGCUGAGAAGGUCUACAUCAUGUAAAGAUCGGGACAAGUGACAAUGCUACUGAACAGGAACUGAUGGCUUUCUGUGCCAGAGACAGUCAAGUCUGUUGGAAAAAUGGGACCUACAUUGUAAAGAGCGGCAUUGUUUCUUGUAACCAAAGAACAGACGUAAGGAAAGCCUAAAGAGCAUUUGCUUGACUGGAAGCAGAACAAUAAAAAUCCUGCUUAAAACUCAUGUUUUCAAUGUGGGGGUUUAUAAUAGAACUGAGAUUGUUUUUCCUAAUAAUUAAUCUACAAGCAUUAGUGUUGUGCAUAGGCGUAUCAGAAUCAUUAGUGGUGCUGCCUUAUUUUUUGCCAUUAUUAUAAAGUAGCAGUUUAGUUUUAUUGGUGCUGGAUAACAGAAUGAAAACUAGUCCAACAUAUCCAAAUGAUUAACCAGGACUGCAUAAUUCUGUUUAAAUGCAAAUAACAUGAUACAGUGUCCUCCAUCAUUUCAGAAGGCAAGCUUCUUCUGGCAAAGUUAGUAUUUGGAAUCGUAGCUGAUUGGUUGUUUUAGUAACAUUUAUUUAUGCAUGUUUCUAUCUAGAAUAUAGAAAAAAACUGUACAUGUAAAAUUCCUAAAUCAGGUUGGUAAUAAAAUUGCAGUUUUUCUUCA